AUGGCACACUUUUCGUUCCAAAGAGGAGACCAGGUCGAAGUCUGCAGCAAACUCGAAGGCUUUCUGGGUUCGUACUACGAGGCCACCGUCGUCGCAAACAUGGGCACCAACUAUGUGAUCCAGUACAACAACCUGGUCGAGGAGUUCAACGACUCUGUGCCGCUGAAAGAGACCGUCAAGGCGGCGGAGGUCCGGCCACUGCCGCCGGAAAUCAGGGAGGCUAAUGCUGUGUUUCAUGUGGGUGAUAGGAUCGAUGCUUACGAUCUUGAUGGGUGGUGGGUCGGUACGAUUUCGUCGGAGGAAAAUGGUUCUGGGCAUCAGUCUGUGUUUUUCGAGACUACUGGGCAAGAGCUUGAUUACCCAGUUUCGAAGCUGAGGGUUCAUCAAGAUUGGCGCAAUGGCAAAUGGGUGUCGUCCAAGAAGACCAAGAGGAGUGCUGUGCGAUGA